AUGCCUCGCGCUGAUACCGCAGUGAAACCAGAUGCCGUCUCCAGCGACGCAAACGGCGGUAGCAGCAAAGUCUGCGCCGGUGCACCAUGGGCUGAAGGGAAGCGGCUCCUUGGUGACCCCAUGGCCAACGUGAUCCAAGGCAACCGGUCGUCGGUGUCGGUUUUCCAGGUGGUCGGACUCUCCGAUGCCUCCGAACCCCAGAUCCUUCUCUUCCUGAUGUUUCUCUGCAUCUACCUGAUCACGGUGGUCGGGAAUAUUGUGAUUCUCACGCUGAUUUCCUCUGACAGGCGACUUCACACCCCAAUGUACUUCUUCCUCGCAAACCUCUCCAUCAUCGACAUCAUCUUCUCCUCCGUCACCGUCCCCAAACUCCUCUCCAUUCUGCUCACCGCCCAGAAGUCCAUCUCCUUCCUCGGAUGUCUCACCCAACUCUCCUUCUUCCAGUUUCUGAUGGUGGUAGAGUGCUACCUUCUAGCCGUCAUGGCUUACGACCGAUACGUGGCUAUUUGCUUCCCGCUCAACUACACUCUCAUCAUGAGCCGAACGGUCAGAUGCGGGCUGGUGGUUGGGUGCUGGGUUUCUGGGAUUUUGAGCUCGAUUGUCCAGGCAGCUUCAGUCUCUCAUCUUGACUUCUGUGGCUCCAACCUGGUGGACCAUUUCUUCUGUGACGUGACUCCCCUCUUUAAGUUGUCGUGCUCUGACACGCUAGUCAGCGAGACCCUGUUCAUGAUGGUCGUGAUCUUUGCUGGGAUGGGGCCGCUUAUUUUCAUCCUCCUGACCUAUGUCCGCAUCAUCGCGGCCGUCACCAGAAUCAGCUUGAGUCGAGGGCGGUUCAAGACCUUCUCCACCUGCGCGUCUCACUUCACCGUGGUGGCGUUAUAUUACGGCAGCGGGAUUUUCAGCUACAUAUGGCCGUCGUCCACCUAUGCCAUGGACAAAGACGUCAAAGUGGUGGCUGUACUGUACACCAUCAUGACCCCCAUGCUGAACCCGAUUAUUUAUAGUCUGAGAAACAGGGAAGUCAAGGAGGUUCUUAAAAAAUCCGUCGGGGUGAAAAAGGCAAAAUAUUAG